UCCGUUCCGUGAUAUCACCAAAUCUAAGUCUCAUAUCAUUAGACAAAACUGCCCUGUCGCGUUUGAGUUCUAGUGUAGUUUUUGAUCUUGUUUGAAACAAACGUUAAAUUGCAACAUGUCCGACCAAGAAAAUGAAGAUCAACAAGAUGCACUUAGCUUCAGUUUCCGAAAGCAAAGACCUUCACAACUCCCAGUGCCAAGAAGGCCUGUUACAGUGGAAGAUCAUGCACCGAUCAUCAUUCCAGCCAUUGACGAUGAUUACUACAAGAUGAACCACAAAAAUCGAGGCAUUGCUUUGAUUUUUAAUCAUUAUGAGUUUGUAAAACCUGGCUAUCCUGCACGUGAAGGAACGGACAAAGACUGUAAAGAAAUAACUAAAACCUUAAAGAAACUGGGAUUUGAGAUAAUUGUUCAUAACGAUCUUAAGCUCGGUCGAAUUGAAGAAGUAUUAGAUGAUGUUUCAAGAAUGAAUCAUUCUGAAAAUUGUUUGGUAGUUGUUGUGAUGACUCAUGGUGAUCCAGACAUCUUACAUGCGCAGGAUGAAGCAUAUUAUGCAUCAGCUUUGUGGGACCCGUUUACUGGGGACAAAUGUCCAACGUUGAUUGGAAAACCAAAAUUGUUUUUUAUCCAGGCAUGCCGUGGUACUGGCACUGACGAUGGGGUAGAUUGUAACAUUCAAUUUGAUAGCGCUCCCGUGAUAAAACCUGUUCAAAUUAAAAUACCAAAAAUGGCUGACUUUAUGGUUAUGUAUGCAACGCCCUUAGGUAAUUACAGUUUCCGAAGUCCGCAGAAUGGAUCAUGGUUUAUUCAGUCUUUGUCUCGUGAAUUGGGAGAAAGGGCCAUGACUGACGACUUAAACAUGAUACUGACACGUGUUAAUCGUAAAAUGGCAUUAAAUUAUGCUAGUAAUGUACCAUCAAGUCGUGAUCUACACAAUAAGAAGCAAGUGGGACAAAUUGUCAGUUCUUUAACUCGUUUGGUUCAUUUUAAUAGAAGCAUUCCUAAUAUCAGUGAAUAAUUUCUUAUAGUUAUUCUUUGUACUUAAAAAAUGUUGUCUUAAUAACUAUAUACUAAUUUAUGCUUCUAUAUACAUAUAUACCUCUAUAGUAAUACAUAAAAUGUUUUCUUUCUUUUCUUAAAUUUUCAAAUGCGAUUAUGUAAAGGGUUAAAUAUAUCAAUCAGAAAAAUUAAAUAAAAAUGUAAGAAAUCGUGA